AUGUUUCCCACCUUCGAAAUCCCCGCUCAGCAUGCAGAGACCGUGGGAGCCCGCAAGCAUAGGAAAGCAAAGGAGGAGGAGAGUGCGAGGCGGAAUUCCUCGUCGACGACACAGUCUUCAGGGAGCUCCAACAGCGUAAGAGGCAGCGAAAGACAGCCCUCGACGUCGUCUUCCGCGUCGUCGGCCAAGCCUGCAGGCAGGAGUGGCUUUGGGUGGUUUUCCAAGAGAGAAAAUAAAGGCGUCCAGGAGAUCUCAGGGCCUACCACGCUCAAGAAGUCUCCCCCUCCGUCUUUGGCUGUUGCAGAGCAGCCAUCAAAUGCUCGCUCGCAGAGUCCACCCGCAACCUUGGCCAGGACGACCUCGCGAGACGUGCCAGCGCCCAACAAGACCACGAGCCAGAAUGUACCGCCAGAAACAAACAGUGUCCACCAGCAACGCUUCCCGCCGCCCUUGAGGUCGCUGCCUUCGCUUCCAUUUCCACUUCCGCCGUCUGGCACACCCCAGCUGCUGUCCCCUAUGGUGUCCCCUGGGUUAUCUCCUGGGCCACCUUCUCUUGGAUCACGAGGAAGGAUCGACGAUCGCACACGCUCACAGCACUCCAACUUUACACAUUCUUCCUACAGCCCCUCGACCUCCACCAGCUAUAGCCCUUCGACCACGUCGUCCGAUCGCACCACUUUCUCCAACAAGAGCGUCUUCUCCAACGCCGGACGCUAUGAUGACGUUAUCUCCGAACAGGGCUCCUGGCAUGACAAGCCCUCCCCGCCUGCGAGAUCCGUCUCGCCCGGCGCUCCAAGGCCGCCGCCAGCUCGACCCAAUGCCAAUGCCCAUGCCGACCCCCGCUAUUCCAGCAAUGUGAUGCUCGAGCCCGUUGAGCGCGAGUCGCGAUCGCGAUCUGGGAGCAGCAUGGCGGAGCGUGGUGCGAAACCCCCACAGGGACCCUUCGCUCGAGCUUUGGCAAAGAUGGAGAGCGCGGGUCCUCGAAUCAUUUCCGCGCGCCUGAACGAAGAGUGGGAAGGCCUCGACGAUGACGACGAGAGCCACCAGGAAAUCGCCUUUGAGAAGCGUCUCUGGGCGUUGACAGCCUACCAGCGCCUGACUCAAAACAAGCAUCUACAGUCCCCUGCACAUGAAAUACUGAGCGGCAGCCGUUUGGCUGACCAAAGGAGGAUACUGCAUCUCCAUGGCUCGUUGGCCGAUGGAUGGAUGCUUGCAACUCGCUACCCUGCGGCGACUGUCUACACUAUGUCUUCGAUGAAAACAUUAAAUCCUCCGACAUCAUACCCCGCCCCGCUAAACCACCACUCCCUCUACGUCCCUUCCAUCUCCUCGACAAUGCCCUUCCCGGAUGGCUACUUUGAUGCAAUAGUCUCGCGCUCUGUAUCAACAUUCCUUCGCAACAACGAGUGGGCCCAGUCCUUCUUCGACUGCAUGCGCGUUCUCAAGCCAGGAGGCCAAAUCGAAAUCCUCUCCGUAGACCCCCACAUGAGCUGCGAAAGGCAAAAGCUAUCCUCCUGGGUCGACGAGCACAUCACCUGCAGACUAGAAGCCCACGGCAUGAGCAUGCAACCCUCAGACACAGUCCUCGACACAAUGGAGAUUGUCGGGCUAGAAAACAUCCGCCGCGCCCGCGUCGCGCUCCCCGCACACACCGGCUCGCCAAAAGCCCUGAGCAACCCUGCCGCUUUCGCAGGAUCACCCCCUUCAUCCUCACCCCAAGAUAUGCUCGAGGCCAGCCGCAUGAUGGCCAACCUAGGCCGCCAUUUCUACCAGGACCUGUACGGCAAGCUGGUGCGCGACUCACACGGCGAGGAGUGGUUCUGGGCGCACAAGGACAUCAAAGAGGAGUGCGAACGGUACCAGACGAAAAUGGUGCUCACAAUCGCGUGUGCACAAAAACCAACGGCUCCAGCACCGGGCGAGAACUACAUUUAG